CAAAAGGCCACAUAUUGUCCACUGUGAGGUGAAUCCCGUGGCAGACUUGCUUUACGACGGUUUAAAGGCACAUUUUAUAUCAUGCUUGAAUCUGUCUAAUCCAUCACCCAUCAACCCAUCUGAAUUUUCCCGUUCACUCAGAGUUCAGAUAGACAUCAUCCACGCCUUGCAUUGGGGGACCAGCACGGCAUCUUUCUAGCAUAGCAUUACACGAAUCCCCUCAAAAUGCUUCCAUCAACACCCUAUCCUUCCCCUGGCCCUGGCUACUGGGGUCCUGUUACAUCAACAAUUAAUUGGUGCGAAGAAGCGCGUAUUCCUCUAUUUCCCACGUUUCUAAAUUUCGUUUCGUCAAUACUUCCAUCUUCACUGCUAACAUGGUAUUCAGGACUACUAUGCCACUAUCUAUUCAGCUGAAAUUGUGAACACGAUUACGAAUUUAAUGUUUGUAUUUCUGGCUUGGAAGGGAAUUGCUAGCUGUAUUAGAUAUGGCCAUGCCCACGUGUUUCUCGUUGGUUUUGUCAGUUAUUUGGUUAUUGGAACCGGAAGCAUGCUAUUCCAUUCUACCUUGAUUUGUAAUAUCUCUUUUUUCAUUCUCUGAUGCCAUUCUCCUGUCUCAAGCAGGAGUUGAAAAGUCGACAAGACUGAUACCCGUUAGACCCCAUGCAACUUCUCGACGAAUUGGCUAUGAUUUACUUGGAGUGUAUCUUAGCAUACGCAGUCUUCGCGCACCGCAAAUCACCUUUGGCUCGUAUCCUCAUUGGUAUCUCGAUUUCUGCAAUGGCUAUCUUCAUUACUUUGUACUAUCACUAUCUUCAGGAUCCGGUCUUUCAUCAGAACAUGUUCGCACUGAUAACCGCCGUGGUGGUAUUCCGCAGUAUGUGGAUAAUGGAACAUAUACUCAACCCCACUCGCCGUGGAAGUGUCGGAAAGAUCAACACCGCAGAACAGAAAAGAAGAGAUGAGAGAGAUUCUCACAUUCUGAAAAAUAUGUGGAGGUUGAAUUAUAUAGGAUUGAGUUAUGUAGCUAUCGCAUUUGCCAUCUGGAACUUGGAUAAUAUUUAUUGUGGGAAGAUUAGGAGAUGGAGAAGGGAGGUAGGAUUGCCGUGGGGAAUUCUUUUAGAAGGUCAUGGUUGGUGGUGAGUACUGUCUUGUUUUUCUUGUCUUUGAUGUUCAGAUAGAGUAGGAAACUAAUGAAUGUAGGCAUAUUCUGACUGGGAUCGCCGCUUAUAAUAAUAUUACCUGGUCGAUUUGGUUGCGAUAUUGUCGCGAUGGGAAGCAGGAUCUUGUGGAAUUGGAUUGGCCGUCAACUUUCACUUCGAUGCCCGUUGUGGUUAGAGCAAAGUCUCAAGAGAAGGGGCUGUAAGUCAGGGUGAUGUGGCGAAUUCAUUCUACACUGAUGAUGCCAAAGCGUGGGUUAACAAGACUUGGGGACUAACAUCACAUCCCAUGGCAAACUAAGCUCUAUUCCAUCCCGUUGCUCAGAAGGAUAUGGAUCACUGCAUGAAUCACGACUCCAUUAAAACUUAUUCAGAAUUAGUAGCGAGAGCACAAACUCUACUUCCACCGGAACUUUUCGUCCCUCCUGGCUUCUUUCCCAUCCUUUCAGG